AUGGAUAAUGAUCAAGAAAAUGCCAACAGUGAAGAGUAUCCCAGUUUCUUGAGAUCAUUAGAUGACGAGAGUCUAAUCUCACACAUUCAAGAUUUAAACAAGCAGCGUCUGCAAAGAAAUGGGGCAGACUACUCCUUUGAACAUGUCUCGACACCCAAAAAAAUGGCGUCUUUCAAUAGUGCCAUCAGCUCGGAUCCUUUUGACGAUGGAUUAGAUGAAGAUAUAAUUAAUCAUGUUAACAAUACCGAUGAGAAUGAUGCCUUCUCUGGUGAAGAAGAUGACAACAACAGCAACAAAGAAGCAGUGGGUAAAUUGCAUGAAUUUGGUGAUUAUGCCACGUAUUUCCACUCUAAACGACUAAAGCAACAAAAGCAAGAUGAAGAAUAUAUCAAGUGGGAUAAGAAGAGACGCAAAUUGCAAAAUAUCAAAGAUGAACCAAAGCAGAUUUUUAAAGGGUGUUCAAUUUUUGUAAAUGGGCACACUAAUCCCUCUAUAACAGAGAUCCAUCGAUUGGUGAUUCUACACGGUGGACAGUUUGUGAGCUAUAUGGUUAAUAAAUCGAGUGUGACACAUAUAGUUUGUGAUCGAUUGACCCCUCGGAAAAGUAUACAGUUCAAAAAUUGUCGAGUGGUGAAGGCUCAAUGGAUUGUGGACUCGGUUGCACAACAGACAUUACUAGAUUGGACACUUUACAGACUGGUGCUGGAAGUAGCUUAUGGUCAAAAAAGAUUGGAAUUUACCAAACAACAGACUAUCGAAGAGAAGAGCGAGAUAAGGGACGAGUGUCAGAAUAAUAAUGACGAUAAAGAAGAAGAUGAUUUAGACAAUGAGACAAACUUUUCUUUAUCUGAUGAGUAUAAUGCAGAUAUCUUAGACAAACUGCAAGAGUUGGAAACCUUUUUUGAGAAACGUCAAGAUCUUAUACAAGAACCGGAAGAGGAAUUGCCAGUUGUAAUUGAAGAUCCUCCACAGUCAGGCAAAGGUAUUCAUAAAGUGAAUAAUAAGUAUGUCCUAGAUGCACGGCAUCCAGACUUUCUUCCAAACUUCUUUGCAAACUCCAGAUUACACCAUCUAAGUGUAUGGAAGGCUGAUCUUAGGCUAAAGUUUCUUCGUAGAAUAGUGAAGGAAAGGUUGCACGAGUCAACUAGUCUCUUUGAAAAUCCAUUCAUAGACCCAGGUGAGAAAAAAGUGAUUAUGCAUAUUGAUUUUGACUGUUUUUUUGCUACUGCAUCUUGUUUGAAGCGACCAGAUCUAGAUAUGAAUAAACAGCCUAUAGCGGUUUCGCAUGGUGGGAAAACUUCUGAUAUAGCUAGUUGCAAUUAUGUUGCUCGAAAACACGGAGUUAAAAAUGGUAUGUGGUUUAUACAAGCGACAAAAUUGUGUCCUGACUUAAUUUUGUUACCUUAUGAGUUUGAAAGUUAUGAAAAGUUUUCUACUGAAUUUUAUAAUUACCUAUUCACAAGCAAGUUUUUUGAUUCUAUUUUCCCUGUCCUGAUUGAUGAAGUAUUAGUUGAUGCCACAUCUUAUUGUCAUAGUGGAGUUGGUGAUAGUGUGAGUUUAGUAAAUGAAUUGGCUACUCGCAUUCGUAAAGAUGUAUUUAGGUUGACAAAUUGUCCUGUGAGUAUUGGUGCUUCGACAAAUGUACUUUUGGCGAAAUUGGCUCUCAAAAAGGCAAAACCAAAUGGUCAGUUUUAUUUGUUUGAUGACACUGAAAAGUUUUUGCAGUCUAUCUAUAUAAAAGAUUUGCCCGGUUUUGGAAGAGGGAUACUAGAGAAGUUGGAUUCAGAGGUACAGUCCAGUAAACCUCGAAUCAAAGAUGUUAUUUCUAUACCGAAGCAAAGACUCGUUCAGCUAUUAGGAGAAAAAACAGGUACCAAGUUGUUUGAAUAUGCUAGGGGAAUAGAUCAAACGAGUAUCGAAAUAGAUGCGAAUAAUCCUGAAGCAGUGUUAGGUAGAAAAUCUGUUUCAGUCGAUGUUAAUUUUGGUAUUAGAUUUGAUACUGUUGAAGAAUUAGACGAGUUUUUGAUGAGACUUUCUCGAGAAUUAUAUCAAAGACUUGUAUCUCUUGGUAUUUGUGGUUCUAGUUUAACCCUCAAACUUGCCAAGAGAGCUGAAGGAGCAAGAGUAAACCCGCCUAAGUUUUUGGGAAUGGGACUUUGUGAUUUUGUCAAUAAAUCUUCCAAAUUAGGCGUGCCGACCAAUGAUUGGGGCAUCAUAGGCAACGAAGUGAAGGUGCUUUAUAGGAUGGUGAACAUUCCUGUUAAGGAGUUGCGUGGUAUUGCAAUUACUAUUUCAAAACUCGUCGAUGCUGAAAGUGUCAAGUCUAGUAAACAGAUGAGAUUGCCUUUUAAAAAGGCAGAAAGCAAUGCAUUGAGUAUACGAGAUUUAAGACAGUUACAAAAGAUGCCUGAAUCGAAAGAUAAAAAGACUCAAAAAUUGAUAUUCAGCAUGCAACUGCCAGAAAAAAGACAAGCUAAUAAAGGCCGAGUGUUGCAUGAAUUUGCUGAUUUUAAAAGCUUGGAUUGGGAAGUUUUCCAUGCUCUACCUGAUGAAAUCAAACUGGAACUAAAAGUGGAAUUAAGACGGCGAGGCAUGUUAUCAGAGAAAUCCACACCAAAAAAGGGGAAAACUUACUUGCAACAGUUGUUGCCCACUCAGUCUGGAAACGCCCUCAAAUAUGUCAGAGUGACUGAAUCACCUAAAAAGAGGAAAUCUCCUAGAAAAAGUAGACUGGAAACGCUGCUGCCAAUAAAAGUUGCAAAACCAGAACCUGUAUAUGAAGAGUCACAGUCAUACGAUACGUCUGUAUUAAAUGAAUUACCAUCUUCAAUUAAGGAAUCGGUGCUAAGAGACGCAGAGUACAAAGAGAAGAUUAAAAAGUUUGACUUGAUGUCAAUGCGAGAUAAAUUGGCGCAAAAGCUAGAAAACAGCAAGGUACUAGUAAACGAAGUCACUUCAGAUUGGAUCAAGAGCCAAAAAAAACUUAAUACAACACCUUUAUUUUUGAAUGAACAAUUGAAGGAUAAAGAGUUAUAUACAAGAUUAGACGAUUGGGUUAAGUUCUCUCUACCUCAAGGAGGGCCACACGAGGAAGACAUGGAUUAUUUUGCUUUCUUUGUUGAGACAAUGUUGCAACGAGAUCAAUUUAAUAGAGUUUUGUUGUUAUUAAAAAGAAUUAAAGAAAGAUUAAAAUACCACAAAACAUUAUUAAACUGUCAAGUUUUUAAUGAAGAAGAACAGUUGGUAUAUGAGGAAUCGUUCGAGGAUUGGUAUAGACAAUUAGAUAAUAAGGUACAAUUUUUAGUUGAUAGAUAUUCAAAUGAAAAAAAGAUUCAAGUAGGAUGUAUAGGAAUUGUGUAA